AUGAAGUUCGCACUUCUCCUCGUCUUCGCAACCUUCCUUCUGGUCGCGUCCAGGGACAGCAGAUGUAUGUUACUCUUUACUUUCCAACUUCACUCCGUUUUCAGUUGGUCGGCCAUCCCAAUUUGUGAACCGCUAUGUCGGUGAAAAAUGCGGGUGGCUCGAUUGGUGCCGAAAAGGCGCGAUGUGCGGGCGCGACUCGCAGUUCACCAUGGUUCACUUUUUUUCUUUUGAAUUUUUUUGAAAUUGAUAUUCUCUCCACUUUUGAGGUCAGUGGGCUGCACUUUGUUUUCCAGUCGAUGUUAAAAAGCAGUAAGCUCGAACGCUUGAGACCAUAGAGCUGGAAACCUUUCGCUGAUUUUAGAAGACCCUUCAUCACAAACUUCAACCUUUUCAAACACUGAUAAUCCAGUUAGUAAGCUCUUGCCAGAACAAAAUUUAAAAAAAAACGUAUUUUUUCAGCACUAGAGAAGUAAUCCAAAAAAUUGUUUCCUGAAAGAAUAAUUUUCGAUUCUCAGUUGUACUCUAUUUCUCUAUAAAGGAACCCAAAAGAGCUUAGAACUUGAACGUUUUUUCUUUGAUAACUAGGAAAACUCUGCUUAAAUCAAUCACUUCCCAGGAAUACCGACGUGACGGAAAGUACUACGGCGUCAGGACGCCAAAAAGAUGCGUCAAGCAGGUGAAGGUUGAGUACGACUCCGAACAUUUAGGAGAACCAUGCUCGGUCUCGAAGGAAUGCCGGUUCGAGUACGUCUGCGUCAGUUUCCGCGUGAGUUUUUUCCCAUCACAUCGUCUUUUAGAACAGUAAAAAUGUUUCAUUCUGUUUUGAAUAUCAGGAAACAAGAAAAAUAAAAACUUUCAGGAAUUCGGAAAUUACUGCCUGGAAAUCGUUGCGGAAAACGUUUUGAAAGACGCCGAUCAUUGGAAAGCCAUCCGCAAUCACAAUUGGAGUCUCGUUGAUCAAUCCGACGAGCCGGAAUCCUUUUGGGACUAUAGAACUAGGGGAUUCAAACUGAAGUUCGAGGAUUGA